AUGUCUACCUCACGCUACUUUCUGCUCUACCUUUGGGCGGCCAGCCUAGUCAGUUCUCAUGCAGUAGGCUCUGCUCAGACAGGACCGACCGUACGCAUUGAGAAUGGAUUAGUUCUGGGAACGACGACGAGUGUGCCAGCAGCAAGUGCAACGGUCGACCAAUUUCUUGGUAUACCUUUUGCUCAGUCACCACCCGAAAGAUUUUCACCUCCAAGAGCGGCUUCUCAAGUGGGGGUCAUCAAUGCCACAGCCUGGAAACCGGCAUGCAUCCAACAAUUCACAUACCCUGUGUCUUCCCAGCAGUUCACUGAAUCAGUGUUCAAUAGUCCUGCGCCUGUGGAGUCAGAGGAUUGUCUGUAUCUGAACAUAUAUGCGCCUGCUACGCAGCCAAACGACCGCAAUGGCAGAGCUGUGUUGUUUUGGCUCUACGGAGGUGGCCUUGAGUUUGGAAAUGCUGGACAGCCCGCCUACGACGGUAGCCAAUUUGCCGGAUACGAAGAUGUGAUAGUAGUCACCACGAAUUACAGGACAAACGUUUUCGGCUUCCCAAGCUCACCUGAACUACCUCUGACAGGACAUAACCUAGGUUUCCUGGACCAGCGCUUCGCACUGGAUUGGGUGCAGCGCAACAUCCAUGCGUUCGGAGGUGACCCGUCGAAAGUCACGAUAUUUGGAGAGUCGGCUGGUGCAUUCUCGGUCGAUGCUUUGCUCACCAGUUAUCCAAAAGAUUCGAAUCCGCCCUUCAGAGGAGCAAUCAUGGAAAGUGGUCAGGCUAGCUACAUCGGCAGUCCAACGACCAGCAGUGUUCCUGCAUGGUACAAUCUCACUGGCGAGCUUGGCUGUCCUGGUAACUUUGCAAGCAACUUGAGCUGUGUCAGAGCGGCAAAUGCGACAGAUAUAAAACGCAUCAUCGAGAUUCACAGCCUCGAAUUCAACCCGAGCCCCGAAAACGUGACUCUAGUGUCCGAUCCUGCACAAAGACGAGCUUUGGGCCAGAUUGCCAAGGUUCCUAUUAUGGGCGGUGCGAAUGCUCAGGAAGGACGUGUCUUCCAAGUUGGACAAGAUAACAUUACAGAGUUCCUCAACAGCUAUUUGAGCAGCUCGCCAGCUCUCAUUCUUGCGAUCGAAGAAGAAUAUCCGCUUGGUGAAAAUGGGUUGAAUACGCCGUACGACGUGAUCUCUCAGAUCUGGACCGACUACAUCUUUCAAUGCCCGCAAGCUCUUUUGACCAACGCGUCUGCUGCCAGUGGUAUCCCCACUUGGCGUUACUACUUCAACGCCUCAUUUACAAACACUCAACGUUAUCCGGACCUGGGAGUGUAUCAUUCUUCUGAGAUACCUAUUGUGUUCUCAACCUACCCUCUCUUCAACGUCACGACUCAGGAGUAUGCCCUCAGUCGAUUCAUGCGUGGUGCAUGGGCUACCUUUGCUAAAAACCCGGCUACUGGUCCUGGUUGGAAUGCUGUAGGUACUGGUAUUGUGGGUGCUGUAUACUCUACGCCAUUCGAUGGUUUACUUGGUGGUGUCUUGACAUCCUCCAACGAAACCGUAUUGCAGGGACAAUGGAACCUUGGUACAUUGGGUGAUGUUGGUGAGGUCAAGGGGAGUGGUGUCACUGUACUGCCUCAGAGUAUCGCUGAUGGUAGAUGUGCUUUGUUUGCUCCUGUAUAUGAGGCUCUUUUGCAAGGCUCGUAG